UUGUGGUAGGGGCGGGGAGAACAAUGCGACAGGGAAGGAGGAAAGGGCAGUUAAGGGAGGCGAGGGCGCGGGAAGCUGAGCUGCCGUUAAUGAGGGGGAAGCCGGGGCGAGUGCAGGCGUAGAGGGGAAGAAGGGAGAAAGCAAAUAGGUUCGGGAACGUGUAUUAGAGGGGCAUGGGCGGGCGCUAGGACCGAGCGUCGGGGAGGUGCGGCUUUGGGGCUCCCUGGGCGCGAGCUUCCAUGGAGGUGACGCGGCGGUGGCGGAGAUCGCUGGCCCGGACUAAGCACUGCAGGGAGAGGACACUCGGCUACCUUGGGCCUCGGCUUGUCUCUCCCCGCGCACUUCACUGCGCGCCUUCCUUCGUACUACUUGAGGGUCAUGCUCUGGUCCGGGGGCGCCCAGCCUUUCCUCGGGCCCCACGGCACUUUCCUCGCCCAGCCACGCACCCUUGUGCACCCCUGCGCGCCGGGGCCAGGUGGUGGAGGCCGUGGAGGGCCUGGCCGGUGAUUGGCUGCUGCGACCGCGGGGUGGGGCAGGUGGGCGACGCUUGACCUCUGCGGACCUGACUGUUUUUCCCGCCAUGUCGUUCGUGGAGAGCGGGAGGCGCUCAGCCCUUUCUCGCCGCCGUCUAAGCACUGCUGUCCCGUUUGCUCAACCGGCGUUUUCCGCCUUCACUCAGGGAGACAGCUGGGGUGAGGGUGAAGUCGACGAGGAGGAGGGAUGCAACCGAGUGGCCCGUGACCUGCGGGCGGAGUUCUCGGCUAGGGCGUCGUCGGAACCUAGAAAGGACUCGCUACUCCGGCCAGAUGGGGACGGGUCUCCCGCCCUGCCCGAUAAACGCAAUGGCAUUUUCUCGGCGGAUGCGGGCGGCAGAGUCCAAGCCCGGCGCUGGCCGGUCCAGGUCCUUUCAGUUCUCUGUUCGCUGCUGUUUGCCAUCCUCCUCGCCUUCCUUCUCGCCAUCACCUACCUGAUCGUAAAAGAGUUACAUGCUGAAAAUUUGAAGAACGAAGAUGAUGUACACACUGGACUGUUAGGAUUCUGGACUCUACUUAUAAUAUCCCUAACUGCCGGAUUUUCCUGCUGCAGCUUUUCUUGGACAGUGACUUAUUUUGAUUCUUUUGAACCAGGAAUGUUUCCUCCUACUCCUCUUUCACCUGCCAGGUUUAAAUCGAAUGGCUCCUUUGUCUUCCAGGACUUCCCAAGAGAAAUGAGUGCAGAUGCUUACCACCCACCACAGGAAACUGACUGGACAUUCUUUCCACAUGGGCUAUAGUAUGGCAAUUUUGAAUGGCAUUGUAGCUGCUCUUACUGUAGCUUGGUGCCUCAUGUAAACCCACACUGAAGCAAUAUUCUUGACAAAACUUAGUCAUGAUUGCUUUGUAAUAACAGGGAAGAACAUCAUUGCCUACUCAGAAGACCAAGAAACCUGCUGCUCAUUAUGUGGUUCAGAUACGUGUCAUAUCAUCAUCAUUAUGGAGGACUUUUUAAGCAUCGUUCUAGAGCCUAGGCAUUGGGAAUAUCUAAGUAUUAAGUUUCAAGUAAUGCUUAAAAGUGUAAGAUGUUUACCUCAUCUUUUUACUUUUGUGUGCAUUGUCCUUAUAAGUUGUAGAAAACAUUUUAAUGGAACUCAAACUCGAAAACUUGGAUGCAGAACAUCCUGUAUCAAUGCCUGCCUUUCCAUGUAUAUGUAUAUACUACAUUUUUGCUAAGAAAUACUGAUAGUACUGUUUGAGAUAGAAAUAUUUCUUAUUUAUUCAUUAUAUUAGGAAAGCAAACAAUGCCUACUACUUUGACAUUUUACAGAAGCUACUUUUAAAUCAGAAUAUUUAGUUUUCGAUAUAUAGAAGGUGCAUUUAUAUUUUUUAAUGGGCUAUGGUUCUUUAUGUGUUUUUUUACAUAUUUUCCUACUAUAUCUUGAAUUUGUAUGUUUUUUAAUUGUUACAUCUAGGCAAAUGUAAAUGUUAUUUUUUAGCUCGUGCAAACCUUAAUACCUACCAUUUUUAAUAAGUAUUUUGUCUUUUAAGAAAAGCACACUGGCCUGAGUUUAAAACUAAAAUAAGUAAACUUAUUUUUAAAAAAACAACAAAAAAAACUGAAAAAAGUUUAAUUAUUUAAGCCAUGAAAAUAUUCAGGAAAUUUAAAGCUAUUCACUAUUUCCAUUUUCACAAUUCCAAAUAUUUAUCAUGGUGUAUAUAUGAUUACUUCAACAAAACUGAUAUCUUGUUUUUAAUAAAUAUAAGCCUGAAGUUUUUAUGUUUAUAAAUGCUUGAACUAGUUUGUUUUUAAUCUCCAAAAUUUGGUUACCAAAAUAGAAAAGGUAUUUUGAUAUAGUGUGUACAUGUAUAAUUUUUUAAGGUAUAGUUUCCUUGUUUUCCUAUUUAAAUGUUCUUAUGUAAUUGUGCUGUUUUGUUUUUUCAUAGUAAUUAAGCCUUAAUUGUUCCCACUUCCUUUCUAAAUACCUGUUUAGAAUAGUCACUUCAAUUUUAGAAAGAUGGACUAUUUUAAAUACUGUUUUCCCUGGCCACAGAAAAACCUGCAUUAGGAUAGCAUUGUGUAGCAAAACUGCUUAUUCAGGCCAAAUGGGAAAUGAGUAUCUGCAGUGUGUUCCUGUUAUCUGCUGAUUGUUGUUACUGAGUAAAUGAUUUAAUAAUGUUUCUAAAAGUCUUAACAUUUUUUUACUAUUCAAAAACCUUUUAUUGGAAAUGCCAAAUGCUGCUCUAAUUUAAAUUAUCUGAAGUGUUUAGAUUAAUAUGGGAGGAGGUGUAAGAUAUACACACAUACAUAUACACAAAUCCCAUGGCUUAAGUAUUCCUCCCAGAGUGGUUGUCAUAUGAACCUAUUUUCACUUCCCGCCUUCCUCGCCCAACCUCCACCUUUCCGCCUAACCUUGGCUCUAAAGGGCUCUUCUCUCCACCUCCCAGGUCGUCCCCACCCCACCCCCAUCAUCAAAUUUGGAUAGCUUCUUCCAGAUCUUUGUGUCUUAUGACUAAGAAAAAUAUAGUAGACCCUUUACAUGUAAAUAUCUGUAAGACAUUAUAUCUAUAUAUAAUAUAGAUAUAUAUCUGUAAGAUACUUCUUCUGGAACUCUGUUUCUUUUGGACUAGCACUCCUCUUUCUUAGGAAAUUUCUCUCUCCAGUCUAACAUAGAAUCCAGAUAUAAACUGUCCUGCUUCAUUAGCAGAGUGAUUGAGGAUAAGUACCUAACCAAAGCUGGGCAAAUUCUAGUUUCUUAUAUUUUCUGGCCACAGUGAUUGCAACAGGAAUAGAGACAUGACUUAAAUUAGGCCAGUCCCUUCCCAGGAUUUUUCAAGUUGAAAUUAAGGUAAAUUAAGCUGGGAAGAUAAAAGCCCAGGAGAUGCUGGCAGCCAGGGUUUAGCCAAACUCAGUGGGAAAGAAUAAGGCUGACACUGAUGCUACUGAUGACAUUCCUCUAGUCCCUGAAGCCCAGUGGUGACCCUGCCAUUCUUGAAAUUUGGUUUUCUCACAGUUUUGAGAGCUGGAAGUCCAAGAAUAGGGUGCCAGCAUGGUUGGGUUCUAGUGAAGAUAGCUGUCUUCUCAUUGUAUCCUACUUGGGUGGGGAGAGAGAGGGCUAGCUCUCUUCCUCUCAGAAAGACUCUAAUCCCACCAUGGGGGCUUUACAAGGCAUAACCUAAUUACCUCCCAAAGGCCCCACCUCCUAAUACCAUUCUGUGGGGAGUUAGUUUCAACAAAUGAAUUUGGUGGGAUUUGGGGGGCACAAACAUGCAGUCCAUAACAAUAUCCAGUACCAAAAGUGGGGUCUUUGAAAAGAUAAGAUAGACUUGGACUUCCCUGGUGGCGCAGUGGUUAAGAAUCCACCUGCCAGUGCAGGGGACACGGGUUCGAGCCCUGGUCUGGGAAGAUCCCACAUGCUGCGGAGCAACUAAGUCCCUGCACCACAACUACGGAGCAUGUGCUCUAGAGCCCACGAGCCACAACUACUGAACCCGCGUGCCACAACUACUGAAGCCUGCGUGCCUAGAACCCGUGCUCUGCAACGAGAAGCCACUGCAAUGAGAAGCCCGCGCACCACAACGUAGUGUAGCCCCCGCUCACCACAACUAGAGAAAUCCCGCGCACACCAUCGAAGACCCAACACAGCCAAAAAUAAUAAUAAACAAAAUUUUUUUUCAGGUUCUAAAACACCAAGAUAAUUAUUUUUUUUAAAAAAAAGACAGACUUCCAGUAAAACAUCUUAAAAGAGAUUUUUCCAUAUUUGUCCAUUUUUCCAUUUCUGUUUACUUCAUUAUAUCAGGACCCUAUGUUGCAAGCAACAUAUACCAUCUAACUUAAGGAAAAGGAAUUUAUUGGAAGGAUAUCCAGUGACUCAGAACUGGUAGGCAGGAAUCAAAAAAGUAUUAGAGGGUCAAGGAGGAGGAAGCAAGGGGACUAUUUGUUAGUGGGAAAGCCUGGUCAGGAUGAUAAAAUGAAUCCUUGUCAUUUGUUCUUGUUCCUUGCAAGAUCAGCUCCAGGUUCAGAGUCUUUGGAGAGAUUGCCCAACUGGCCAAGACUUGGUCGUGUGCCUACUCCUUUUAGCUUCUAUAAUUGAAGGCAGCAUCUGCAGUUCUUUUGGGAUAGGUAAAUGGAUAUCAAGCAACCAAAAACGAUAAAUAUUCACUAAAAUUCACUCUUGACUGUUCAGUUUCCACACAGACACACUAUUCCUUUCCUACUUAAGCUUCCAAAAGUAACUCGUGCCAAACAAUGCAGCUAUCAUUUUCUACAUCCAACGCCAGGACUUCAGAUUAUGUUCAUUCCUCUAGUUUUGCCACAUUCUCUUAUUGAUACUCUACAAAUUACACUAAACAAUCAUUUUAAUACAAACAACAGGAAAAAGAAAUUUGUUAAAGUACAUAUUGUAUAUGACAGCAAGAAAAUAGAAGUUACUGUCUUAUUUAAGAUACUGGUCAUGAGACCUUCCUUUGCAGCUGUUCUUUUAUCUUUGUUUUGGCUACUACCUUGGCAAAUUAGGUUUCUUCCCUAAUAGAGUGACCAAAUUUUUUUCUGAUGGGUCUAACAUCUUGUUGGUUCUUUGCUACCAUGUAUGGUAGUAUAACACACCCCUGAGAAUCUUCAGUUUUCCCUCUAUACUCUUCCCUGCUCAUAUUGUGUGGCAACAACUGUAUUAUAGGGGUAAAACGCCACAACUAACUUAGCAACCUUCUUUUUUUUGCGUGAUUACCUGGUGGCAUAAAGAAUCUAAAAUUAUAAUGUGACUGAACUUCCAAUUCUUCCAAACUAAUUUCUUUCGAACUCCUUCCUUAAGUACUAAAACCUUUAAAAACAACAGAGUCCAGAGUCAGAGGAACAAAAGGCAAAAACUUUGUGAGUGUAUAAUUGGGUGUAAUAGUGAGAGGCCUCUUGGUUCUUAGACCUAUGUAAUAUAGGAAUGGGAGAAACAGCAUCAAAAGUCAGUUGUUGGAUAAAAAUAUACACUACAUCCAGAAAGACCCCAACUUUAUUUUUUUUUAAUUAAUUAAUUUUUAUUGAUGUAUAGUUGAUUUACAAUAUUAGUUUCAGGUAUAAAACAUAGUGAUUCAAAAUUUUUUAUGGAUUAUACUCCAUUUAAAGUUAUGAAAUAUUGGCUGUAUUCUCUGUGCUGCACAAUAUAUCCUUGUGGCUUAUUUUAUACAAAGUAAUUUGCACCUCUUAAUCCCCUACUCCUAUCCCUAUCUUACCACUCCCUGCUACCCUCUCCCCAUUGGUAACCACUAGUUUGUUCUCUGUAUCUAUGAGUCUUUUUCUUCCUGUUAUAUUCAUUUAUUUAUGUUUUAGAUUCCACAGAUAAAUGAUAA